GCGCUGCAUUUCAGGAACCAUCGUCGACGGCGUCAUCACUAUCGUAGUAGAAUCGUUGCGUUCUAACGAUCAUAUUCCGCUGAGGGAGAGGAACCGAACGGAGUGGAACCGUGUCCUCUGAAGGCACACGUUGGUGCCGUCCGAGGUACGUCAACGUGACGGGCGGUGUGUGCGCGCGUAUUUAUUUGAUUCGUAUAUAAUCAUCAACACAAUGACCACAACCGUGGAAGACUACUAUGACGGUUCCCGGACUUUUUCCUGGCUCGCUGAUUUCAUCGACGUGCCGAUCGACCAGGUGAAUUUUCUACUAACGCAGUUCACAGCGCUGAUAUUGGCUGGAUUCUUAAGAACAUUUCUUAGUCCUGUUGCCGUAACAGCAGCGACCAGACAUGUGUUUGGUCUUGUCAUCGGCCUUGCGCUUGGAUAUUUCUGCUUCGGCAGGCAGGCGAUACACCUUGCAGGCCUCCCCGCCUUGUGUUACAUAGCAAUGCGCACACAAAAUCCUCGUAAUAUACAGAGAGUUGUACUGACGACGGCGUUACUCUACUUGUCUUGUGUGCAUUACCAUCGACAGAUGUACAAUUACGGCUCGUACACUCUCGAUAUUACUGGGCCACUUAUGGUGAUAACGCAGAAAGUAACCAGCCUUGCGUACAGCAUACAUGAUGGGUUAACGCGACGUGAAGAGGAACUCACGCCAACGCAACGUUAUCAAGCCGUGAAAAAGAUGCCGACGACGUUAGAGUACUUCAGCUACGUCUUCCAUUUUCAAGCGUUGAUGGCUGGGCCGGUGAUAUUUUAUCGUGAUUACAUCGAUUUUAUUCACGGACAUAAUUUAGCUGGAGCGAAAGCGUUGACGGGUUGCGAUAAGAAUUCCGGUCACUAUGAUGAAAUAGUCCUGGAACCAUCACCGGCACCAGUCGUAAUAAAAAAAGUCGUGGUGAGCUUAUUGUGCGCGGCUAUGUUCGUGACUUUCAUUCCAACGUAUCCGAUUCAGAAGCUAAAAGACGACGACUUCCUGAAGAACACCACGGUGUUUUACAAGAUGUGGUACCUCAUGGUGACCACCAUGUUAGUUCGUUUCAAGUAUUACCACGCGUGGAUCUUCGCCGACGCCAUUUGCAAUAAUUCCGGGCUCGGGUUCAGCGGAUAUGACGACAACGGUGAACCGAAGUGGGAUCUAGCUUCAAACGUCGACGUUUACGGCUUCGAGAUGUCCCUCAAUCUGAGAGACAGUAUCGAGCACUGGAAUAAAGGAACCAAUAGGUGGCUUAGGUCGAUUGUGUAUGAAAGAAUGAAGCACAAUAAAGUUAUGUUCACGUACGCUCUUUCAGCCUUGUGGCACGGUUUUUAUCCUGGUUACUAUUUAACAUUCGCCAAUGGAGCCUUUUUUACCGUGGCGUCACGUGUUACUCGCCGUAACAUACGACCAUACUUCUUAGGGUCCAAGGGAAUGAAGUUCCUGUACGAUGCGCUUACGUUCACUACAACGCGAUUGUUAAUGGCCUAUAUGACAUUCAGCUUUAUACUCUUGGAAUUUAUGCCAAGUGUUACGAUGUACCUGUACGUAUACCUGUUUCCACAUAUAAUCGGUUUAGCUUUACUAGUGAUCGCACCACGUCUUCCGAAAAUCCCGUCGCACAAGGAAGCAACCGUCAAGGAAUCGAAAACUCCUCAGGAAUUAAUCAACGGGACUGCGCGUAAAUCCACGUGAACCUUCGAUGUGGCCAAAAGAGGAAACAAAAAAGAAAAAAUAAAAAAAAAGAGAAGAAAAGAAAAAACGAGAAAAGUGACGAUCACACAAGAGAUACAUAUUUUUUAUGAAUGUUUUAAUAUGCAUAUAAAUAUUAUGUAUAUAUUAUAUACACACGCACAUAUAGACGUACAGUAUAUUUAUUGUUGCGACGUGUUACUGGUACAAAUUCUAUGUCGAGCGUGUAAAGAAAAAAAAAAAAAAAAAAGUAUAUUUGUUUUAUAUAACGUGAAUGAGUAAUCGUAUAUUUAUAUGAUUGUCCCGUGUAUAACGCUGAGAUAUUGACACACUCAGCCUGUUUCACAGUUACAACAAACGGACGAAAUAUCGGCGGACGAUAUAUAGUAAAUGCUAUUAUUUAAUCGAUAGUCUCCUUUAAUGUUGUUCACGUUUUCUUCUUCUUUUCUCUCUCUCUCCUCUACACAUAAUGUUUAUCGUAAGAGUGAUUGAUAGAUUGUGCCGUUCCGAUUGAACAUGCGAUUGCAAGUAAUUUUUGCAGUUUUAUACAUUUAGUACCAUGCGUAUAAUAAUACCAUGAUCGAUUUCAAAAUAAAUUGCAAUGUUUAUUUA